GGUGGCACGGCGCCCCCUGCGGCCGGCCCGGGCUGCGGGCGUCGGGCUCAGUGCGAGACGGGCGUCUGGGGGCGGGCAGCCCCUGCAGGCCAGGGCCGCCGCGCAGGCAGGCAGGCUCCAUGCUGCUGCCGCUGGCCUGCCUGCACGGGCGGGUGGCACAGUGCCUGACCUCGCUGCUGGUGCUUGCAGAGCCGCUCCCCAGGCCCAGGCGCGGCACGAGGGUGCGCGGCGCGACGCCGCCCUGCGCGGAGGUCCCCGCUGCCGCGCCCGGGAAGAUGGCUGCGGAGCUGUACCCUGCUGCUGCUGCUGCUGCCGCUGCCGCUGCCGCCGCCGCCGCCGCCAGCGACCUGGCCAACAGUAACGCGGCGGGCGCGGCAGGCAGCAGGAAGGCAACCCCGCGCAGCCCACCGUGCCCCGCGCCCGCUCCGCCGCCGCCUGCACCCGCGCCGCCCGCGCCCGACAACAACAACGCCGAGAGCCCGCACUGGCAGGCCUUCCACCCCACGCUGCGCGAGAGAAACGCGCUCAUGUUCAACAACGAGCUCAUGGCCGACGUCCACUUCGUCGUGGGGCCCCCUGGGACGGCUCAGCGGGUGCCCGCCCACAAGUACGUCCUGGCCGUCGGCAGCUCCGUCUUCUACGCGAUGUUCUACGGGGACCUUGCGGAAGUCAAGUCUGAAAUCCACAUCCCGGACGUGGAGCCUGCCGCAUUCCUGGUCUUGCUAAAGUACAUGUAUAGUGACGAGAUCGAUCUUGAGGCUGACACGGUGCUGGCUACUCUGUAUGCUGCCAAGAAAUACAUUGUGCCUGCCCUGGCAAAAGCCUGCGUCAAUUUUCUGGAGACAAGUCUGGAAGCCAAAAACGCCUGUGUCCUGCUGUCCCAGAGCCGGCUGUUUGAGGAGCCUGAGCUGACCCAACGUUGCUGGGAGGUCAUUGAUGCACAGGCCGAGAUGGCCCUGCGGUCUGAAGGCUUCUGUGAGAUUGACCGGCAGACACUGGAGAUCAUUGUGACUCGGGAGGCCCUCAACACCAAGGAGGCAGUGGUCUUUGAGGCUGUCCUGAACUGGGCUGAGGCGGAGUGCAAAAGGCAGGGCCUGCCAGUCACUCCACACAAUAAGAGGAACGUUUUGGGGAGAGCCCUCUAUCUGGUCCGAAUUCCAACCAUGACUCUGGAGGAGUUUGCCAAUGGUGCCGCCCAGUCAGACAUCCUGACACUGGAAGAGACCCACAACAUUUUCCUGUGGUAUACUGCUGCCAACAAGCCCCUCCUUGACUUCCCACUGACCAAGAGGAAAGGCCUUGCCCCUCAAAGGUGCCACCGCUUCCAGUCUUCUGCCUACCGAAGCAACCAGUGGCGGUACCGUGGGCGCUGCGACAGCAUCCAGUUUGCUGUAGACAGAAGGGUGUUUAUUGCUGGGCUGGGCCUGUAUGGGUCCAGCUCUGGGAAGGCCGAGUACAGUGUGAAGAUUGAACUCAAGCGGCUGGGGAUGGUCUUGGCUCAGAAUCUGACCAAGUUUGUGUCAGAUGGAUCCAGUAACACCUUCCCGGUCUGGUUUGAGCAUCCGGUCCAGGUUGAGCAGGAUACCUUCUACACAGCCAGUGCUGUCCUGGACGGCAGCGAGCUCAGCUACUUUGGGCAGGAGGGGAUGACAGAAGUGCAGUGCGGUAAAGUGGCCUUCCAGUUCCAGUGCUCCUCGGAUAGCACCAACGGGACUGGGGUCCAAGGUGGGCAGAUCCCAGAGCUCAUCUUCUACGCCUGAGGCUGAGGGGCCCCGGAGAGUGCACCACCUGGCCCUUUCUCCCAGAAGCCACCCAGUAAGUGCGGGGGAAGUGUGGGACACUGCUGUCUACCUUGUGGCACUGUUAAAGGCUUCACUACUUGUAUCAGCUUGAAUCUGUGAACAGGCACCUUUUCCACACAGUCAGAGCCUGGAGGCUGAGGCUUGGUGUCUCCUGUUCAUGGGGCACACGCCUCAGAUGGGGUGGUAGAGUUGGGACCCAACCCAGGCUCCAGAUCCCUGCCCAGUGGCAACCAAGCUUUGGGCACUUGGAUGUUCCUUCCAGCCUUUUGGAUUCCAAGUAGUUCCAAGCUUGCCUUGAGACCCUCCCUUCAAAUAAAAAUCACUGAAAAGUCACUUAAAA